CUGGAACACAGUGUAUUCCUGCAGCACCUGGACUAUACACUACAAUGUGGUGAAUAGAAAAGACUACAGGAUAGUUUUGUGGUGCUGGGGGACACACGAGGGGAGAGGAUCUGUUUUCUUUUGCACAAAUGAUCUAAAAGUGAGCCUUGGAUGGAUAAUCUCAUCACAUCCGUCACUUCUGGUGGAGGGGCUGGAGGAAGUAGCAAAGUUGUCACAAAAUCAGUCACAACAUCUCGACUGACAUCACAAAGUGAGCUGAGUGCGGGAGGGUCAGGUGGAAGAGCUGCGUCAGGAGGCUCUAGCGGCACAAGCAGCUCAGUUCUGAUCACAUCCAGCAGCUCCCAUGCAUCCAGCGCCGGUGGAUCCGGAGCCACCAAGGGUACUGGAGGCAUCAGCAUCACUACUGUAGGAGCUUCCUCAUCCUCCUCAGGUGGAGGGAGUUCAGCAGUUUCGGGGGGCUCGGGGUCAGGGGCAGGGUUUAGGGCUGCUGGAGGAGGGUCCUCUAGCAUGUCCUCUAGUUUUGCAAGUGGUGGUACAGAAGGAAAAUGGGAAGGGGGCCUUGGUGCUGUGACAGUUUCAACAGUGACCAAGAGCAGCUACAGUUCAGGAGGAUCUGGGGAGGCGAAGAGAGGAUCAUCGUCAGCAGUCAGUCACUCACCUCUACCGAAAGAGAGGAGGAACAUGACCACCAUGGCAGCAGCUCAUCCAGACGUCUUUGAUGAGAGUUCAAGCACAAACUCCUCUCCAGAGUAUAACAGGAAGGAGUAUGGUGCUUCACUUUCAACCUCAACGUCUGCCACCAGAGGGAGAUCUCACAGCAGAGAGAGUGAGAUCAGAGCGAGACUUCAGAGCGCUUCAACUGCAGCCAGCUGGACGGAGCUGGAUGACGUGAAGCGUCUGCUGAGGGGGAACCCCUCCACCAGCACCAGCCCCACUCAGUCACCCAACAACACAAUGCCCAUCCCCAAGAAGGCCAGUGUGGAAACCAGGACCAUGUCUGAGAGCUCCAGCACAGAACAAUAUGGCAGCAUCUGGUCUGGAGGCAUGGGCAGCAGCUACAGUUACACCAACACCAACCCCAACAACCUGUCCACUGCCUUACCAUUAUCAUACCAGUCAGGAGGACUUCAGAACAACCUGACGCUCAGCGCUCCCUCCAUGAACAGUGGGUUCUCUGGUGGCGGCACUGUUCCAAUGUACGGUGUUCAGAAUAACCUGAUCACCAGCAGCCCCACCGUCCUCUCUCCCACUGGAACCAACACACCGAUAGUUUAUGGUGUGCAGAAAAAUGCAUCUAGCACUGGAAUCAGCACAACCACAGUGAGACCCAGCAGCCCCACUUAUGACGAAUCCACAGGCAAAGACUUUAAGUUCGUGCUGAUAGAGAAGGAGAACACUCCUGUCAAGAAGGAGGCGGAGCAGCUGAUCAUGACCAAAGACACAGGGAAGCAGUUUAAGUCUGCUGCACCUGCUACUUUUUCUGCUUCGUACUCUGAGGACUCACUGCAGAGAGAAAAGAAACAGUCUUCCAGCACAGCAGAGGAGGAAAAAACAGAAACUAAAUCUGCAGCAAUGAAAGCUGCCAUGAAAGACAAAUCCACCUAUGCAGAGAUCCAUGAGGAUAAAUCUGGUUUGGGCUUCUGCUCCUGCUGCACCUGGUGGAAGUGGCUGCUCGGCCUCCUGCUCACACUGCUCUUCCUCCUCGGCCUCCUCUUUGGGCUCAUCGCUUUGGGUGAAGAACUGAAACGUCUGAGGAAACGCGUUGAUGCUCUUGAAACCAUCACUGGCACCGCCUCAGCCAGAACCAGCCGCCUGUCGGCCUCCUCCGGCAUCAACAUCAUCGACCCGCUGGACUCGUCAUACAUCGACAGGAGUUCUGCUGGAUCCACUCUGACCCACUCUGACAAUGGGAUCAACCUGGGGGUUGCUGGGAGCGGACCGGGACAGGACCCCGCUGCCCUGCAGAGAACCAUCCAGCAUCUGGUCAGGUCUGAACUCCGCUCGGACGCUGUAAGAGAAACACUUGCAUACUCACUGAAAGGAGAGCGUGGAGAUCCAGGACCUAAAGGUGAUGCUGGGCCACUUGGACAAAAAGGUGAUAGCGGCUUUCCUGGCCUGCCAGGCCCCCCGGGGCAGAUGGGUCACCCAGGACUGGAUGGACCAAGAGGACCAAAAGGAAGUGCAGGUGAACCAGGUUCAGAGGGACCGCCAGGUCAGAGGGGCCGGGAGGGUCAGAUGGGCCCCCGUGGUGAAACUGGACCCCCAGGUUUUGGAGACAAAGGAACUCAAGGAGAGCCGGGACGUCCUGGACUUGUUGGUGCUCCUGGACCUGUGGGGCCGAAAGGUGCCAUUGGAGAGCAGGGUGCCUCAGGAAACCCUGGUGCUCCAGGUCCAAAGGGUUUCCAGGGCGAAGCAGGAGCUCCAGGAGCUAAAGGUGAUCGAGGAAUGUCAGGGCCUUCGGGAAUCAAAGGAGAUCCAGGAGAGAGGGGAGUACGUGGACCAGCAGGUGAACCAGGACAAACUGGACCACAAGGCCCUGUCGGACCAAAGGGAGCUAAAGGAAUUACUGGUGAGACAGGUCCAAUGGGACUUCCUGGUGUGAGAGGACAGCCUGGAAUUCUUGGAGAUAUUGGUCCCCCAGGCACUCCUGGGCUUCAGGGACCACCAGGCAUUGCUGGAAAUCCAGGACAGCCUGGUGUUAAAGGUGAACCAGGAUUACCGGGUAAAGUCAUCGCUUCAAUCUCUGGCUCUGAUACUGUGGCUGUACCUGGACCACCAGGGCCUUCUGGGCCUCCAGGUCCUGCUGGAACCCCUGGUGUGUCUGGUCCCAUUGGCCCUGCUGGUGUUCCUGGACCUCCUGGUCCUAAGGGAGGACGUGGAGAGGAUGGAGAGAAAGGAGAGAAAGGAGAGAAAGGAGAAAAGGGGGAGAAGGGAGAUGAAGGAAAACCUAGCGAGCCUGGUGUCCCCACCACCCAAAGAGAGAAACUUUCCUCAGUACAAGGACAGCCUGGUCCACCAGGACCUCCAGGGCCUCCUGGUGCACCUGGUCCUGAAGGUCCUCCUGGUGAAACUAAGCAGGGUCCUCCGGGACGCAGAGGUCCUCCUGGACAGCCAGGUGUUGGUUCACCUGGACCCCCAGGAGAGAGAGGAGAACCUGGUAGCUUUGUGCCUAACUCAGAAACCUUUUUUGCUGGGCCACCAGGACCUCCGGGACCACCAGGCCCACAGGGUCCAGCAGGUGGCCAAGGAGAACAAGGGUACCAAGGUGAACCAGGUCAACCAGGUCUUCCCGGAAGCCCAGGGCGUCCAGGGGAUCAGGGUGUUGGUUUCCCAGGUCAGCCUGGAUCUAUUGGCCCACCAGGUCCACCAGGUCCACCAGGUCCAGAAGGACCAGAAGGACCUAAUGGUGAUACAGGAGCCCCCGGUGCCCCAGGAAUCCCCGGAGGAUCUUUUGGUGGCUCAUAUGGCCCAGCCCCUCCAGGCCCACCUGGACCACCUGGUCCACCUGGAAGAGAUGGAGGUGUGUCUGGAUCAACCGAUGUGGGCCAGUACAUUGCAGAAUAUCUUCAGAGUGAUAGUAUCAGGCAGUACCUGGCUGGAGCUCCUGGGCCUCCUGGUGCGCCAGGGGCUCCAGGGUCUCCAGGGACUCCAGGGGUUCCAGGGUCUCCAGGGGCUCCAGGGUCCGGAGGGGAUGGGUCUGUUGAUGAUGUUGCCAGCCGAGUUUUAUCCUACAUCCAGAGUAGAGGAUAUGCGGGGACUCGUGGUGGCUCUCCUGGCCCUCCAGGUCCUCCAGGUCCACCUGGCUCCAUCUCUGUCAAUGAUAUCAUCAGCCUAUUGCAACGAGAGGACAUAAGGAGAUACGUUGCUGGUCCACCUGGUCCACCUGGUGCACCUGGACCACCUGGUUCUGGAGCUUCAGGCCAUGGCGGCUACACGUUCAACACACAGGAGGUGGCUGAACGUGUCCUCACCCUUAUGAAUGAGAGGGGGGUGGUAGGUGCCCCUGGACCCCCAGGACCUCCUGGGUCUCCUGGUCUUCCUGGAAACUCAUUAUCAAAUGGGUAUCAACCUGCACAGGGACCUCCCGGACCCCCAGGUAUCCCAGGUAUCCCAGGUCCACCAGGUCCACAGGGUCCACCUGGCCCAACAGGAUCUGGAAACUACAUCAGUUCCAACAUUCAUGACUACCUGCAGAGUGUUGCCUUCAGAGGCCCACCAGGUCCCCCUGGUCCCCCUGGACCUGAGGGCCCACCUGGUCGAACCCUCGAACUGGUUUCUUAUGCUCAGCAUGUCAACAGAGAGACGCCUGGAGUAGAACGACAAGAAUACAUCAAACCUGAUGGUUCAAGAGGAGCUAUGUUUGGACUUCCUGGUCCACCAGGCCCUCCUGGACCCCCAGGACACAAGGGAGAGCCAGGCGUUACCAGCAUGAGAGACUGGAACCUGGAUACUGGAGACUACUCCAGUAUGGCUAUCAGAGUAACUGAUUACAUCAAAUCACACGGUCUUCUCCACGAUAUUGUGAGAGACUCUGAACGUGUUGUUCAAGGACCUCCAGGACCUCCUGGACUUCCAGGAAUACCUGGACACAGCUCAUUGGUUAGCUCCCAAAAUGUUGUGGAUGUGGUGGAAUACAUAAAAUCCCGCGGUGUUCUGCAAGACAUUGUGAAGGAGUACAACAGUCGUGUCUUCCAAGGACCUCCAGGACCACCCGGCCCCCCAGGUCCUCCUGGACACAGCCGAUGGUUUGGUUCCCAUGGAAACACCACAGAUCUGUUGGAAUACAUAAAAUCUCACGCUCUGCUACGUGACAUUGAACGGACCACGAAUGAACGUGUCAUUCAAGGACCACCGGGGCCACCUGGCCCUCAAGGACCCCCUGGAUACAGCCGAUUGUUUGGUUCCCACACAAACGUCACUGAUUUAGUGGAAUUCAUCAGAGCACAUGGAGCCAUUGUGGGGCCGCCUGGGAGACCAGGGCCGAAAGGAGACAUAGGAUUCCCAGGACCAAAAGGUGAGAGAGGUGAACGAGGCUUUCCUGGGCCUGAAGGACGCGCUGGACAAAAAGGUGACAGAGGAGAAUUCCCACUGAUGACUACAAGGAGGAGGAGGAGGAACGUUUGAGAGUCAAGUUACUGAACUCAGAACUUUAGAAUAUACAGUAUUUCAUAGAAUAUAUGGAGUUUGUCUGGUGUGUAUAAAGGGGGGUUAAUGUUUUUUUAUUAGUAAUAUAAAUGAGUGAUUGUAUUUUUCUAUUCUUAGAUGUCUUUGUGAAAUCAGGGAUGAUGUAUAGUUUUGGAGAAGCUUUCUUUCAGAGGGUGAUGUCUUGUAUUUUAAAAGGGAUUGAAUUGAAGUGUUCAUACUUGUGGGCAUUUUCUAAUCACAUCUAGUUCUGUAACUAAUUUUUUGAUAUUUUUACUAGAUGGAAUCAGAUCAAAGACACAACCUUACAGAGGAAAAUGUUUAUUUACAGCAAAAUGAAAAUCAACAUUACACAGGCAGUCUAAAAACUAUACAUGUAUUUGAAAAAAUGCAUAAUGAUUUGAUUUUUUUUUUAUUCGACAUUCAGAGUUGAAUCAAUGUACUCGUUUUGUUUUUGUAGAAUCUAAAUGACAGGACUGAUUUUGUAAUGACAGUUUUGCUGCUGCGAGGUGACGCUGCAGCUCAUAUAAAUAACCACUGAAGGUUCGUGUAAAAAGGUGCACAGCACUCCUUCAUUGCAUUUUUGUACAUAACAGUUCAGUUCUUAAAUACUUUGAGCAACCGUAACUCUCAAUGGCCAAUCAGAAAGAAAAUGAGAUGAUGAACCAAUCACAAGUCAAGAUGGCCCAAACCAGUCAGGUCCAUUUUUUAAAGGUUUUGACAACUGCACCAAUACAUCGGCCUAAAUAAAGAAAACAUGCUGAGA